AAACGUCUGCGCUUUCCCGGGGCGGAAGGCAGCAACUGACACUAUCCAGCACGCGGAUUGUGCCCGAACCAGGAUACGAAUACUUCUUUUCGCGAAUUGUUCUCCGGCACGAGAUUACGUAUCCGCUACACUACAGAGAUGCGCAGCCGGCUUCGCGCUCGCGACACGAACAAUACACAGACUUCAGCUGUGCUCAACGAAUCUAGGUGUACAUGCCAAAACGAAUAUGCUCCCGCAGUUGAAAGCUGCUUGCUUGCAGCCCUAUAAUGGUACGGAAAAGGACCAUCCCAUCGAACACUAGCCAUUAUCGGAAGCAACAAUCUUCUCAGCCAAGGCUCUCACUAAAAGUCACGAAGGAUGGAGAUCCUCCGCUGGAAUCACAAUUUGAGGAUUUCGGCGUGAAUAUAAAAACCCUCCGAGACGCACCGAUUACUCGCACAAGAUCCACGACCGACAGUCAGAUCACACACAUUAUGCCUCCUCGUACUCUCGACAAUCUCCCACUCGAGCUCUUCUGGCUCAUGACCGAGUACCUGCAUAUCAAUUCUCUUGGUGCUUUGCGGUGCGUGUCCAAGACACUCAAAGCCAAGACCAAGACAGCCUGGCUAUGCAGCCGCGUGCACCCGCUCUCCAUCCAUAUCGACCCGGAGGAUGGAGGACGCAUGCGCAUCCGCCCUGAGAAACCGUUCCUCGCCCCUCGCCCCCUGCCUCGGCAGUAUCAGGCCCUGCUAGGCGCGCGGCAGCUGAUCCUCGAAACUUACGAGUGCAUCCAGCAGUCCCCGAGUGCCUCCGAAGCCGCUCUGAUCACGCUGUGCCGGAUCCUGAGCGACAAUGCCGCCCUGCAACCGCUCGCGCUUCAGCGCCUAACCCUCUGCGCGCGGGAUCCCCGCGCGCAGUGGCUCGGCUACCACGACAGUCGCCUGAGCGUUCGGAUGAAUCCAUUUCGUUUUGCGGGGCCCCGCGCCAAGUUCUCCGCGCACUGGGCCCAGCUCACGCAGCUGAUCGUCCACUUGCCCGGCGCGUUGACCGCCGAGGGGUUUCUGAAUGACCUGGUGGGGUGGUGCAUCCUUCCGCAUGCGCCGCGGCUCGAAGACUUCCGGUUGUUCUGCGAGCCCCGCCACCGCCACCGCACACCGUUCGGGUACAUGGUCGGGCAACUGGCGCAGCUGAACCCCCGGCCACCGCUGAAGCGACUGGAGAUCAACUUCCACUUCUUCCGGAACUACCGCGAGAGAGUCAUCGACGUGCUGCAGGCCUACGGACGCACGCUGGAGACGGUCACCAUCAUGUGUCCGUACCAGUGGGCCCCUGACAUCGUUGAAUUGGUCGUUCCGCUCAAGGCCGCCUGUCCUGUCCUGGCGCAUCUGCUCGAGCAUAUAGUCGACGGCGAACCGUUGUGGCGCGCGCUGUCUGGUCCCGCGGAGCUCUAUGAGGAGCGGCCGCGGGACGACGAUGGUUCGCUUGAAUGGGUCCGGGUGGAUGGCUCGCCCGAGUGGCAGGAGGUGAUCACGCAUGUUACUCCACUGUGA